GUAGGCACUACAUGGCGCUUGACCCGGGCGUCAAUACACGCCCGGGUCAUAAUGCUGCGUGGCCGAGAGAUGCCUAAGUAACCGGGAAAGUUUUAGUGAGUUAAUUUUUGUAUUUUUAUAAUUAGUUUAGUGAGUGAGUUAAUUAUUUCAUUUUUUUGUUCGAGUUCAGAGAAUAAUUGAAAAUCCGAAGCAACUUGUUGCAAUGAUGCCAUUGGACCCUAAUGAGCCCCUCAAGAUGUUUUUGGAAGUUUCUGGUGUCACACUAUAUCCUUGCCCAAGGGACUUAAGACGCCAAUAUGAUUGCAUUUUUACUAAAGAUGCCCUGCAAUUUCUGGCGGAUAUCAUUGCACAAUUCGAUCAUAGAAUUGAAGAGUUGUAUGCGAAGCGAUUGGAAAUGAGAUCAAAGAUUUCUCAAGGAUGGAUGCCCAAAUUUUAUACGAGUAAGGAACGUGAUGAUAAGGUUCUCGUACUUAAUGGAAUAACAUCUGUAAAAAAAGAAAUAUUUAAUUAUUGUAUGGAACAACUAAGAACUGUGCCAACUGUUACAUUGCAGAAAUUAGAAGUUCAGGAUUUAAGCAUUUACAAACAAGAAUCAUUGGACACCAAAAAAUGUUUUGGCGAGGAUAAUAACAUUGAUUUUUCGAAUAUGAUGGACCAUAAGAAAAUGUCAGUAAACAAAUGCGCCAUGAAAUCGCUAGAUAGCUCGCAGAAAAUACCUAGUACUAUUUCAAAUAAUGAAAUCAGCCAAGUUGAACCAAAGAUGUUUGGAAAUACCAUAAAUAAGAAGUGCCUUAGUAAUGUUAAGUCAAAUUGCUCUGCAUUCAAUACCAAAAAGAAACAUUCAUCCACUUCCAAAAAACCAAGUAAGUCUAUUAAUCAAAACAAAGAAAAUCGAGUUCACAAAAAUGCACGUCCUUCAAAGAAAGAACGAUUAAGCAAAAAACUGAAGGAACUUUUUGGAGACGACCGGGAAGCUGUAAAACGCGAUAAAACGGCGAUACAAGAAAUAAAUACAGAAUUUAAAAAUGACGGUUUCAAAAAAGUUAGAUCGAGACAUAAGCGAAAGUCGGAAGAGUUUUUGAAAUUUGGAAGCGUCAAAAAAAGUAAGAGUGAUCCAUCAGGGGAAUCUAUUAUAAAAGCUCUAGCAGAGAAUGAAAAUAUUAUUUCAAAUCAGGUAGUAUUGCCUACAAAUAUCUUUGUCAAAAAUGUGCGUGAAAUAGAUAUUUUUAAAGAUAUUGAUAUUUUAAAGACGAAUAAUGACCUUGUACCCAACAAGAAAAAGAAAAAUCAACGUAAGCGGGUUAAAAAUAAGGAAAGGAAUUUUCAGCAGAAUAUUAAUAAUAACAAUAAAAUUGGUCAGCUCACAGCACAAGACAAAACUCAAAUUUUACCUAAUCAACAUUCUGAAGAAGCGAAGUCCGAUCAUGAGAUGGAUAAUGCUAAUUAUAAUACUAAUGAAGCCAGUAAGUUUGAUACCGAUGCCAUUCACAUUUUAAAUGUUUUCUCGGUCAGUCAAGGCGAGAAUGUUGACACAAAUAAAAUGACAAAUUUAGAAACUUCAGAACCAGCCAAUUUAACGCAGCCUAUAGGCCUGAGUAUGCCGAUUUUAGACGAAACAAUAGAGGGGCAAAUUAGCCAAAAUUCACCAUUACCAAAAAUUGUAAAUGCUUUUUCAUUAAGUGAAGAUAAUAGUAUUACAUCGAAUGAAGAACAAGAAACGACUUCUAUUUCAAAAUUGGAUAUAAACAGGAAUGAAGAAAUUACUAUUGACGCCCUGGAAGGAAAGACUUCCUCUAAUUUAUCUAGUGACAAGAAUAGUAGAAGUGAACCAAAGAGACCAGUAACAAUAAAUAAUAAAAGCUUGCAGGAAAAUUGUCGACAGAUCUUGAACUAUGCCAAAGAAAUAAUCAAAAAAUCGUCUGAUAAAGAAAUUGUGGAGGAAAAUAGUAUUAUGGAUAAAGUCGCUUGCGAUAAUCUACCUGCAGAUAACUUUAGUAAGGAUUUACUUAUUUCUACUAGUCAAACACAGAAAUCUCACGGAGAUGAUCAAACUUCACUCAUCAGCAGUGAUAUACAACAAACAAUAAAUGGAGACGUCCCAAAGAUUAUACCAAAGUUUAAUAUUACUAUAGAGAGAAGUGAUAAUGAAACGGGUGAAAGUUCUGCUAAUAUAACAAUAUCAUUUGCAGAAAGCCAAAAUGAAAGAGAUACAGGCGCCAAUACUCCUAAGAAGAAUGAUUUGGAAAAUAAAGUGGAAAAUAUGCCAGUGUCAGCUAGUUCCAUAACGAAUUUAUCGGAUCAAGAAACAUCAAUUUCUUCGAAGGUAAAUUUAGAUUUACAAGUUAAAAAUACCUAUGUGAUACCACCGCAAGCAGCUGCUAAAAUAAUACCAGAAUUAUUCCAAAAUAGUCCGCAAAGUAAUCAGCAAUUUUCGCCUGUAGAUAAAAGUACAGCUGAACAAUCUUCAGGCCAGGUAGAAACGAAAAAUAAUUAUGACAAUAAAGUUAAAAAUAUGCCAGUAUUACUUAAUUCCAAACCCAAUGUAUCGCUUAAAUCGACGAUUCCUUCGAAGGUUGAUUCAGAAUUACAAGUUAAAAAUACCAGCGUGAUACCGACGCAUAAUGCUGCUAAAAUAUUACCAAAACCGUUUCAAAAUAAUUCGCAAAAUAUAUUAUCCUCUGUAGACAAAAGUACAGCUGAGCAAUCUCUGACAAUUGUUCCAAUAUGUCAGUCGAACUCAACACAGGAAAAUGACAAGAUAACAGAAUCUUCCAAAAAAUUUGAAAUACAAGAAAAAUCAUCUGAGCCGCCAACUUUCCCAUUGCCAGCAAGUCAAAAUAAUUUAGUUUCGCUUCUUUGCCCUCCGAAUAUAUUAUCCUCUCUAGACAAAAGUACAGCUGAGCAAUCUCUGACAAUUGUUCCAAUAUGUCAGUCGAACUCAACACAGGAAAAUGACAAGAUAACAGAAUCUUCCAAGCAAUUUGAAAUACAAGAAAAAUCAUCGGAGCCGUCAACUUUGCUAUUGCCAGCAAGUCAAAAUAAUUUAGUUUCGCUUCUUUGCCCUCCGAAUCCAAUAACGAUAACUCCAUUAAAUGACCAAUACAAAAUGAUCAAUUUACCAGUUUUUGUGAAUGGAACGCAAAUAAUUCUACAGUCACCAACUGCUUUACAAAGUGAAACUUGUGAAAAUUCAUCUAUCAACCCAGUUAUUUCUUCACAGCCUUCCUCUAAUUCUUGUGCUUUUGGAUUAGUACAAUCUGGAAUUUCACAGGAGAAAAUUGUGCUAACCAAACCUUCUGAGCGUUUAGUCAAUAUCGCUCCUGACAAUACCCAACAUAAACUACCUGACAUACAAGUUAACGAAAUUAGGCAUUCUUCAGAUUUACAAACAAGGAUUUUCUCAUCAAACAAUCAGUUUAUAAGAUCUUCUGAUUCUGUAAUAGUGUAUUCGAAACCAUCCUUUAGUUUCCAAAAUGGACAGGAACGUACUUUACCACAGACUUUCACCAAAUGUACGAUAGUUGAGCCAAGGACAUCGAGCAGAAUACACGAAAAAGCUUUUCCUCCUGCUAUUAUUUCAAAUUCGGAGAAUAUUAAUAAAGGAUUCACAGCAAGUGCGUGCAAAACUCAAUUUCAGCAUUUAUAUCAGAACCGACAUGACUUUAAUAUGAUACGUCCUGAGUUUAAUACUUCACCUCAAACUGCGACAAAUAUUUACGACAAGAAUACUAAUAGCGGUAGCGGCAACAUGCCAUCUGAACUUCCUGGUGAUUUACCGUUAGCAGAGACAUUGAAUGGAUCUGAAAAUUUAAUAUCAUCAAAGUUUGAUGCAAUGAAUCGUGCGAAUUCUUUAAAAGCAGCUUCAAAUUUCUCAUCGGAUGUAUCUCCAAUGAAUAUAACUAAUAGCUUAUCAUCUCCUGGACAAUCGCAUAUUUCGAGUGCUAUGUCUCGAUCUGAAAACACAUCGAAUGAGACAAACGCGAGUUUUCCAAAAAUUCGAGUUCGAUCAUUGGAAAGCAUGAAUUCACAAGAAGCCGCUGCCGAUAUAAACUUACCAUCGUAUAGAAAUCGUCAUCAAAACUCGAUUAAUGCCUCAAUUGAUGAUGUCGAUUUUCAUAUGUAUAAAGAUGCAAUCUUUUUAUGUUUUGCCGUAGACAUUUCUAAUGAUAUUUUUUGUGCAGUAAAUAAUUAUAAUAAUAGACUAUCGUUUAUCAAUGCUAAUGGUAUCGAUAAAUUUCGUUAUAGAAUUAGUUUAUUGGAUUACGAUGUCUUAAGAUUAACAAGAAGAAAACGUUUAUUCAAUGCUUUAAAUUAUUUGUCGAAAAAAUACGCUUAUUCGAAUACAUAG